AUGAAGUUGCUGCUUGUUGUUUCUGCUGUUCUGGCUGUAGCCAGCUGUGCCAGCAUCUCUCUGGAAGAUCUGGAGUUUCACGCUUGGAAACUGAAAUUUGAAAAGUCAUAUGACUCUGAGUUAGAUGAGGCUCACCGGAAGCAGGUUUGGCUCAACAACCGCAAAUUUGUGCUAAUGCACAACAUCUUGGAAGACCAGGGUUUGAAAUCCUACCGCCUUGGGAUGACACAUUUUGCCGAUAUGGACCAUGAAGAGUACAAACAGCUGGUUUCCCAGGGUUGCCUUCACACCUUCAAUGCUUCUCUGCCUCAGCGUGGCUCUACCUUCUUUGGCCUGCCUGAAGGUACUGAUCUGCCCGACACUGUUGACUGGAGGGAUAAGGGAUAUGUCACUGAAGUCAAGGAUCAGAAGCAGUGUGGCUCCUGCUGGGCCUUCAGUACAACUGGUGUUCUGGAGGGUCAGCACUUCAGGAAGACAGGAAAGCUUGUGUCUCUGAGUGAGCAGCAGUUAAUGGACUGCUCUCAGAGCUUUGGCAACAACGGCUGCAACGGAGGAUCGGUGAAACAGGCCCUUCAGUACAUCCAAGCCAAUGGAGGAAUUGACACUGAGACAUCCUACCCCUAUAAGGCUAAGGGUCAACCAUGCUGUUACAAGCCUGAUGGUAUUGGUGCCAAAUGCACUGGCUAUGUUCAUGUCAAACCCAGUAAUGAAGAAACCCUGAAGAAAGCUGUGGCCACUAUCGGACCGAUAUCUGUUGGCAUUGAUGCUUCUCGUCAUUCAUUCCAAUUCUACCAAUCAGGAGUGUACAAUGACCCCGACUGCAGCAAGACAGUGUUGGACCAUGGUGUGCUGGCGGUGGGUUAUGGUACAGAAAAUGGACAUGACUACUGGCUGAUCAAGAACAGCUGGGGUCACAGAUGGGGAGACAAGGGAUACAUUAAGAUGAGCAGGAACAAAUCCAACCAGUGUGGGAUUGCUUCUCGAGCAAGCUACCCUCUGGUCUGA